AAGGAGGCCGGGGCUGCCAAGAUGGCGUCGGAGCGAAGUCGCUCCCCGGUGGGGGGCUCGCCGGUGCCGGCCUCGAUGUUCGCUCCGGAGCCCGCUUCACACGGCGGGGCAGCGGCGUCGGCUUCUUCCAGGCCUCACUGCGGCGUCCCGGACUCGGACUGCAGCGAGGACGGCGAGGUGCUCAAUGGCGAGCCCGAGCUCGAUCUCACCAGUAAGCUAGUAAUGGUGAGCCCAACAUCUGAACAGUACGAUAGUUUACUCCGGCAGAUGUGGGAGAGGAUGGAUGAAGGAUGUGGGGAAACCAUCUAUGUCAUUGGACAAGGAUCAGAUGGGACUGAGUAUGGGCUCAGCGAUGCAGACAUGGAAGCCUCCUAUGCUACGGUGAAGAGCAUGGCAGAGCAGAUAGAAGCCGAUGUGAUCCUCUUGCGAGAGCACCAAGAAGCGGGAGGCAAAGUGCGGGACUACCUGGUCCGGAAACGUGUGGGUGACAACGAUUUCCUGGAGGUCAGGGUUGCGGUGGUCGGCAAUGUGGACGCAGGGAAGAGCACCCUGCUGGGCGUCCUCACCCACGGCGAGCUGGACAAUGGGCGGGGCUUUGCACGCCAAAAGCUUUUUCGCCACAAGCAUGAGAUUGAGUCGGGCCGGACCAGCAGCGUGGGCAACGACAUCUUGGGCUUCGACAGUGAGGGCAAUGUAGUGAACAAGCCCGACAGCCACGGCGGAAGUUUGGAGUGGACUAAGAUUUGCGAGAAAUCGACAAAGGUCAUCACUUUCAUUGACCUGGCUGGGCACGAGAAGUACCUGAAGACGACAGUCUUUGGCAUGACUGGGCACCUCCCUGAUUUUUGCAUGCUAAUGGUUGGCAGCAAUGCUGGAAUCGUUGGGAUGACCAAGGAGCACCUGGGCCUGGCCCUGGCCCUCAACGUUCCCGUCUUUGUGGUGGUGACCAAGAUUGACAUGUGUCCUGCCAACAUUCUCCAAGAAACCCUGAAGCUCUUGCAGCGGCUUCUGAAGUCCCCGGGAUGCAGGAAGAUCCCUGUGCUGGUCCAGAGCAAGGAUGACGUCAUCGUUACUGCCUCCAACUUCAGCUCAGAAAGGAUGUGCCCAAUAUUCCAGAUUUCCAAUGUCACUGGUGAGAACCUGGAAUUGCUUAAGAUGUUUCUCAAUCUCCUGUCUCCAAGGACCAGUUACAGGGAAGAGGAGCCUGCGGAAUUCCAGAUAGAUGACACUUACUCUGUUCCAGGUGUUGGGACAGUGGUGUCUGGGACGACCCUGAGAGGCCUGAUCAAGUUAAAUGACACCUUGCUCCUGGGUCCGGACCCGCUGGGUAACUUCCUGCCCAUCGCUGUCAAGUCCAUCCACCGCAAGCGCAUGCCGGUCAAAGAGGUGCGGGGAGGUCAGACGGCCUCCUUUGCUCUGAAAAAGAUCAAGCGCUCCUCCAUCCGGAAAGGCAUGGUGAUGGUGUCUCCUCGGUUGAAUCCUCAAGCCUCUUGGGAGUUUGAAGCGGAGAUUCUGGUCCUGCAUCACCCGACCACCAUCAGUCCACGUUAUCAGGCCAUGGUGCACUGUGGCAGCAUCCGCCAGACAGCCACGAUCCUCAGCAUGGACAAAGACUGUCUACGCACGGGAGACAAAGCCACCGUUCACUUCCGCUUCAUCAAGACCCCCGAGUACCUGCACAUAGACCAGCGGCUGGUUUUCCGGGAGGGGCGUACCAAAGCUGUGGGUACCAUCACCAAGUUGCUUCAGACCACAAAUAACUCUCCAAUGAACUCAAAGCCCCAGCAAAUUAAGAUGCAGUCGACAAAAAAGGCCCCCCUGACAAAGCGAGAGGAGGGGGGAGCCCAGGCCAGCCUAGUGGCAGCUGGUCCCACCGUGGCGGAGGAAGCCGUUUCGUUGGGAGCAGUCCCCUCGGUGCCUUCUAGUGCCCAACAGCCACAGGCAAAGGCUGGAGGAGGUGGUCGGCGACGUGGAGGCCAGCGCCAUAAAGUCAAGUCUCAAGGGGCGAUUGUGACUCCUGCUGGAGGCUGCUGAGCGUCAUCUGAAUCGCUGAGGAAAUCACACCCUCCCCUGUUUCUUCAAAUCCAAAAAAAUCCCAGAGCAGCACAACCAAAAUCCAUCCCAGCUUGAUCUGCUGCUGUGGAGCUCUUCUCCUUCUCCUUCGUGCCCUCCUGGGGGAGAGCGAUGGGAGAGGGGGUUUGCAAUUUAAGCUAACGAAGGUGACAAAGCACACGUGGGACUGACCAACUGCCGCCUUCUCCCUCCCCCUCCAAACAUUUUGUACAUCGUCAGCUCUUA